AUGGCGAGCUUUGCACAGGUAGCAGGAGUAGAUGCAUUGCGCCUAGCAAACAUGAUCAUAUCAUCAGCAAGAAACGCCACCACACACAAGAAAAACUGUGAGCAACUAGCAGAGCACGUGGAGAUUAUAAGUAACCUGCUAGAGAAGCUAAAAUCAACGGACCUGGUGAACUUGCCUGCUACAAAAGAGCCAUUGGAUUAUCUAGAGGAAGCUUUGAGAAAGGCACUUGAUUUGGUGGAGAGCUGCAAAGAAAAAAGUUGUCUAUUCAUGCUUGCUAUGGGGUGGAGUUUCGUUUAUCAGUUCAGACAAGUUCAGGCUGAGAUUGAUAGGUACCUUAGACUCGUGCCCUUGAUUUCCCUGGUCCAUGAGUUCAGGAUGCAGAACAUAAAGGAAGGCUUGCAGGCAAUUGAAGAGGAUCAAAGAGACUAUACUCUUGAUGAAGAUGACGUAGAGGCUCAAAAUGUGAUUUUAAAACCUGACCGUUCAAAGAAAGAUGCAAACAUAUUGGAGAAGUCUUUAUCUCGCAGAUAUCCUGACUUGGGCUUCCAGGAGGCUCUCCAAGAAGAGAAAGAGAAAUUACACAUUGAGCUGCAGAGAUCAAGAACAAACAAUGACCCAAAUCAAUGCCGGGUAAUAGAACAUCUGAUUGAGGUAACAGAAAAUGUUGUCAACGAUAUUCCUGCAAAGAAGGUUACUAAACUUCUUGUUAAUGAGCCAACUUAUGUUGUGUCAGGGUGCAUAACCAAUGCAAAAUCCAGCACUGGCAGCCUAAAGCCUGAAGAUGAGGGUCAAUCUGACUGGCAGGUUGAUCUUUUUGAUUGUUGCAACGAACCAUGCUUGAGCUUGAAGACCUGCAUUUAUCCCUGUGGCACAUUUUCAAGUAUAGCGAAUGUGGUGUCAAAAGGAAAGACAUCUCGUGAGCGUGCGAUUGAUGAUCUAAUGGCGUACACUAUCUUUUGUGGAUGUUGCUGUUACACCUGUUGCGUCAGGAGGAAAAUUCGGCAACUUUUUAACAUAGAGAAGCAGCUGACAAAUAUAUGCUAUGGGCAGGGAGGCUCAUGCGAUGACUUCUUAACUCACCUCAUGUGUUGCUGUUGCGCAAUGGUUCAAGAAUGGCGAGAGCUUGAAGUCAGAGGCUUUGAAGGUAAGCGCAGCAUGAUUUUUGGAACUCUCAUGAUGAAUCCAAUUCCUUGCAGGUUGCCCGGGAAGAAAGAUGAUUCCUCCACCUUACCAGUAUAUGAUGCCGUAAUUCCUGAACAGUAUGCCGCUCUCUACAAAUUCUAG